AUGUCAUGCGAUGAGAUGCUCAAGCUCGCGCAGGCCGAGGAGUCCAAGGAGUUCAAGUUAUUCGCGGCGCUUGUCGACGGAGAAGUUGAAGUUGAGGAUGCAGUACAAUGGGUCAUAAACACGACGAUGGACAGACUGGAAAACUACGGUCCAGGAGGAACAAUCGAGAAGGCCGACGCAAUAACAUUCAUAGCUAUCAUUGAGCUGGCUAUGCAAAUCGAUACAACCCAGUACGGACCAUUGGUUGAGUUCCUGGGAGAAUUGAAGCUGUACAAUGCCGUCGAUUCGUCGACUGGACUGGUCCUAAAAACACAAGAUGGAAGCAGAGUAUGGUCGCAUCUACCAUCGCUCACUUUCUGCGCCCGCGAAUUAUGGAAUGACCGGAUGACACACAUCUGUGACCCGGAUAUGGAGCCUGAUCAGCAGAUCAGAUGGGCAAAGCUGAAUAUCUUUCUCGCGCAAGUGACCCAAGCUGCCGAUGUUGAAUACACUUCCCCGUUGCAAGUGUGGAUCAGCGAUGCUAUGGAUGAAUCUCACAUGGCACUUUGCGGACUUCGUCAUGUGUUCGAAGAGGGCAUUCCUUCCGAACAGCUUGCCUCUACGGCUGGCCUGCUCGGCGUGUGCUACUGGGUAGUUUGUGCCGGCGAUAGAUUGUGGGAAAAUGUACUCAACUGCCGCAGAUACAACAAGUAUGAUGGUCGGCCUGGAGAAAUGUAUUCAAAACGCGGUUGGAAGGGCUUUGAACGCGAAAGAUGGGAUAUAUGGGUGGAAGGCCUUCGUGAUGCGAAGGCUGCCUGCACGUCUGGCCAGGAACUCGUGGAAGACUUGAUAGACCGUGCUCUAUCGAAAAUAGAGUGUGUAAUGAACAAUGAAACGACAUCCAGCUAA